AUGUCAACCAUAGCCAGCCCCCGCGACACCUCCGUGAACGGCCGCCGAAUCCCUCAGAUCUCCACCCCGACCACCUCCUCGCGGCCCUCUCUCGAACAAACCCGCUCAACAGACGGCUCUCCCUCACGGGCUCCCCUCCAAGCCCCCCCAAAACGCAACCGCGCCGCGUUGCGCGAGUACUACAACCUGCAAUCCCAAUCCACCGGCUCUCCGAACCCUUCCGCAUCCCCAAAACUAGCAGACGACUCCAGCUCCAUCUCAUCGAUCCACGACUCCGCCUCCGACGUUCUCGACUCCGAGCUCGACGCACCGAACUUCUCUGCCCCACAAUACACCAAACAUGUCCUCGAAACCCAGAGUUUAGGGGAGUUGUUGCGGACGUAUAAUGGCAUAUUAACGGAUAUCAGAGCCCUGGAUGCGGAGAAGAAGGCGUUGGUGUAUGAUAAUUAUAGCAAGUUGAUUGCGGCGACGGAUACGAUACGCAGGAUGAGAGAGAAUAUGGGCCCGUUGAAUCCGAUGGCUAGUACGCUUGAUCCCGCUAUUGCGAGGAUUUAUGAGAUGGCGGAGAAGGUUAGAGAGGAGAUGAGGGGGCAGGUGGAGAAAGGUGGAGGAGAGGGAGGGGAUGAAGAAGAAAGGGAAAAGGAGAGUAGGAGAGAGAAGAUGAAGGAGGUGGUGAUUAGGGUUUUGGGGACGCCGGAGAAGAUGAGGGCGUUGGUGAAGCAGGGGAAGGAGGAGGAGGCCAGGACGAUGUGGGAGCCGGCGUUGACGUUAUUGGAGCGGUGGAAGGAGAGAGGCGUUGGGGGUCCGGAUGUUGUGGAUUGCAUUGAGGAUGGAGAGGCCGCGAUAAGGGGUGAAGCGCCAAGUGAGAGGAGUUGGGAAAACGUGAAAGAGUCGGGAGAAUCAACAUCAUCAUAG